GAGGGGCUGUCCCAGCAGGCUCGGGCGCUGCGGCAGCAGGUGAAGCGGAACACGCUGCGGGAGAAGCUGAAGCUGGCGCAGAACUUCCUGCAGAAGCUGCGAUUCCUGGCCGACGAGCCCCAGCACAGCAUCCCCGACGUGUUCAUCUGGAUGAUGAGCAACAACAAGCGCGUGGCCUACGCCCGCAUCCCCUCCAAGGACCUGCUGCACUCCGUGGUGGACGAGGAGAUGGGCAAGGACUGCGCCAAGGUCAAGACAGUUUUCCUCAAG